AUGGUGCUCAAUGUGACCCUUGGAUUCGACUCAACCUUUACUAGUAGUGUUGUCCCCUCUUUGGAUCUUUUUAACAGUACAAACCAACCGAAAAUCUCGCAAAAGAGCGAAAAUAUCGGAGCUGGGGACGGCGGUGGUGACGAGGGCAUGCAACCGGCACCUGGCGGAAGUGGAGAAGUGACUCGAGGUGGGCUCGGCCGGUUCUGCUCGGCGCCGGCGUCAUGGUUGGAGGCGCUGCUUGAGGACGAGGAAGAGGACCCUUUGAAGCCAACCCAGUGCCUCACCGACCUUCUUGCAGAUAGCUGCGGUGGGCCCACUUCGUCUGUGGCGGUGGGGUUUGGUGCGGAAGUGGUGGCGGAUCCAGCUGCGAGGUUUUUGAGACAGAACAGCUCUCCGGCCGACUUUGUCGGAAAUUCGAGUGAUGGGUCGGAAGGGUAUUUCUCCGGGUUCGGUGGGAUUCCGGCCAGCCAGCUCGACUAUGUUUCUAACCCGAAUUUCGGUAGCGUUUCUUCAUCUUCUUUGGCUAAUAAGCGGGUUCGGGAGGUGAAAAUGGAGGAAGGUGGAUUGGAGGAGUCAGGAGCUCUGAGGGUUAGGGCAAAGAGAGGUUGUGCUACUCAUCCAAGGAGUAUUGCUGAAAGGGUUAGGAGGACUCGAAUUAGUGACCGGAUAAGGAAGCUUCAGGAGCUGGUACCCAACAUGGAUAAGCAAACUAAUACUGCGGAUAUGUUAGACGAGGCAGUGGAGUAUGUGAAGUUUCUUCAGAAACAGAUUCAGGAGUUGUCAGAGUAUCAGCGCAGGUGCAAAUGCAUGCCUAAAGAAUAAACAGAGGUACCUCAGAAUGCCACCUACUGUUUAGUGUAAUUAUUAGGUUUUUAAACUUUCAGCCGAGGUUUGUCAUCAUGGUUGUUGAUUAGAAUUACCUUGUAUUUUUGAGAUACUCUAUAUUCUAAGGCACAUUCUUCAAUAUAUAGAUGUAAGAAUGCCAUACCUAGAAUCAGUGGUAAAGCCUUUGGCCGCUUCCUAGAAUCAGUGGUUAAGCAUUUGGCCGCUUCCUUUUGAAAAUUCUGUUAGUAUUAUUGUAUUCCAUCAAAAAGGAACCCGAGUAUUGUUAUGGACUCAUAGCUCUAAAAUUAUGCGUCACAUUUCAUAUUUUUAACAUGCUUUUAAUCAUUUUCCCCAUUAUCUUCUUUCCAUGUCCAUAUAUCAUCUUGAAUAUAUAGGUUGAAAAGUUGCAGUUCACAUUGUU